CCUCAAUGCUACCAGGAAUAGGGCCUGGCGGGGAGUACUCAGCCACGUGGUGGCCCCUCGUGUGGAGGUCUCGUUUAGUACCACGCGACAAAGCGAGUUGGGUCGUGCGUCGUGGGAGCGGUCCCCACUUGACAUCAUUCGCAUCUCACGCAUCUCGAGCAUCUUGCAACAAUGUCCUCCUCAACGCCCCCACAGCAAGAAGAGAAGGCGCCCGCCAUUCCAACGCACCGCUUCGCCAAGCUCAAUCCCUUUCGCUCCGAGGGAGAUGAGGGAGGUGAGGAGCUCGGCGAGGAUCUGACUGAUCUGUCCGUAGCUGGUGGAGGACGCGGUACGCUCGCAGAUGGCGAGGAUAGGAAGAAGCUCCACGUCAGCUAUGCGCUCAGGAAGUUCUUGCAUGACCAGGGAGAAGUAAAGGAGGCAGAGGUCGGCAAGCACGAGGAGGAGGCGCCUCACUCGCCUGCGAUCCAAUCCAUCCUCGCCCGCCAACCCACUGUAGUCCCCACAGGACCUGGCGGCCCAAACGAUCGCUCUCACCCCCUCUCCUCAUAUCUCAUCUCCUCAUCGCACAACUCCUACCUCGUCGGCAAUCAGCUGCGCGGCAAGACUUCCGCAGAGCGCUACACUCAGAUCCUCGCCGCUGGCUGCCGCUGUGUCGAGAUAGACGCGUGGGAUGGCGAUGAUAUCAAUGAGCCCAAAGUCACGCACGGCAUGACAUUGGUCGAGCACAUCACGUUCAGGAGCGCGGUCGAGGCGAUUGGAAGACAAUUGGAAAAGGAGAUUCAGGCGAGCAAGAGUGUGGGCGCCCCACUCCCGCUGCCCAUCUUCAUCAGUCUAGAGAACCACUGCAGCGCUGAGGGGCAGCGACGCCUCGCUGCAAUCAUGCGCGAGGUGCUCGCCGAGAAGCUCGUGACGGAGGCAGUCCAUGCAGAUGGGACCGAAGCUAAGCUGAGCGACCUCGAGGGCAAGGUGAUCACCAUGGUCGAGUGGUACGCAGGCGACGAAGCCAAGGCAGCUGCGGCUACUGAGGGCAAGGAAGGCAAGGACAAGGAGACCAAAGUCAAGAUCGUGCCCGAGCUAGCCACCCUCGGCGUCUACGCCCAAUCCGUCAAGCCGACGAGCGACGCCUGGCUGAAAGGCGAGAUGCGCGACCCUGCCAACCCUCUGCUCAACAUCGGCGAGGGACCUCUCCUCGAAAUCAUCGACAAGCAUGAGAAACCCGACGCCGUAGUCCGUCACAACGCUUCCGCUCUCAUGCGCGUCUACCCUGCCGGCACGAGAAUCACGUCCCACAACUUGAACCCGGUCCCCUUCUGGGGCGUAGGAGCACAGGUGGCCGCCCUGAAUUGCCAGACGUUCGACCACAGUAUGCAACUGCAGGAAGCAAUGUUCGACGGCACCGAUGGAUGGGCUCUGAAGCCCGCCUACCUUCGCAAGGAGGCAGGCCCUCGCCCCACGGGCACCACUGUGCUCCGUCUGACCGUAGCAGGGGGCUCGGAUCUCCCUGUUCCUGAAGGUCGCGACGGUGAAGACAUCAAGCCCUACGUCACUUGCACGCUCUAUCACCCAAAUCACGUCGACGAGAAGCCAGAGAAGCGCAAGACCUCGCACUACAAGCGCCAUAAGCUCUCGGGCAUGCUCCACAAGCAUGAGAACCCUCCGCCUACCAGCCCAUUCUGGCAUCACCCUGAGACGCUCGAGUGGGAGUAUCCGGCUGACGACCUGGUGUUCCUGAGAAUCCUCGUCAAGAGCGAUGACUCGUUUGCAAGAAACCCCGUCUUUGCUGCGGCGGCCGUGAGGGUGAGCUAUCUGCAGCCUGGGUGGUGCUUCCUGAGGUUGUUCAACCUGAGGGGUGAAAUCACGCGGGGCACGCUGCUUGUCAAGUUUGAGGUUGGCAACAAGUAGGCGCGCAGCGUAGCGCGCCAAGGAGGU